AAUCAGGGUUAUCAGCCACAAUUCUUAGAAUGAGUUUUAUGCUAGCUGAUUAUUAUAGGUACUUUUGAAACCUAUGCAUACCUAUGACCUAUCUGAGGGCUGUUUACGGGCCCUGUGUGCAGUCGGACCAUACACAAGCUCUAAGCUCCGCCCACUGCGUCCCUAAGCCAUUCUUCCGUCACCGCGCACAGCAACCGCUGUGGUCGGUCGGGACUGGCCACAGGCCGUCCACCGCAUGGCAUGCAGCUGUGAUAUCAGAACCGGUUACCCUUCCCCUGCCCCUAAGCUUGCUGUACAUACCACACACAGUGAACUCAGCAGUUUAUGAUGCCCGCGAACACCCCUCUGUAUUCAGUUGCAGGAAGGCUCCUUUGUGCAGACUAUCCAAUUUUGGAACUGUACUCAAGGCUAUUGUCACAAGUUCCUGUGCCGUGUCGAGAAUGUGAUGAAGCGCCAGGAGUCGCCGGAGAGUAGUGACGGUUCGUCAGCCGUGGUUUGCGUGGUGCCGCCGGUGCGCCGCUCUCCCGCCGAGCCGCCCCUUCUCGUCGCCCAGUCUGGCCGCCCAGCCGAGCCUGGCGCGGCUGACGGCGCCUUAGACGGCAUCAUGUAGAACCAGCAUGGGUCGCUGGCGGCGGGCCUCGGCGCCUAUCCGGUGCACGGUGCCGCACUCCUCUGCGCCCCAGGCAGACGACCGGGCCGAUCGCCCACCAGCCGAAUAUGACGGCAGCCGCCAUGGUGAUGGGUGCCGACAGCGACGGGAAGCCGCCGCCGCCGACGCCGAUGCCGGCGCUGUUCAGCCCAGCUACCACCGACUCAAGGUGGAAGACGUGCUCUCCUACCAGAACCAGGUCAAGUCCAAGUUCCAGAACAACCCACAGGUCCACAACGACUUCCUCGAUAUAAUGAAGGAGUUCAAGGCGCAAAAUACCUACACGUCUUGAUGAUGGCGCCGGGCUAGGUGACCACAGCGCGGUGCACACGCCCACUGGCGGCUUCCAGACCUACUCGGACACAGUGGUACCGACGCCGCCGCCGCAGCCCCAGCAGCAGCAGCCACCGCCACCGCCGCUGCCGACGGCGCCCGGCGCGCCGCCCAAACCGAGUCACCAGCGGCCACCGAGGAGUAGGUAUGGCACCAACAGGCAACAACAUCCUGUCGCACGCUGUGCGGCGGCGGCCGGCGUCGGGGGCCACCACGUCACCGCGCACCACUCGUACAACCAGCCGCCGUCGUCCGCGGGACGACCCAUUCACCUCCAGUGGGUCCCCUCGCAUUGCGGCCUUCCUGGAAAUGAGAGGGCAGACACCCUGGCGGAGGAGACCUCCGCCCUGGACCAGAACUCAGACACACACCACUGGACACCAGAACGAUCCAGAGAGCAGCGGCAAGGCUGGCGCGUGCGAGGACCAGAGCGGCCUGGCCCGACGGCUGGUAUCGCCAACUGCCGGUGUGGGCUCUGUCGUGAGGAAGCAGACACCUCGGCCCACGCGCUGAUGCGGUGUCCCGCCCUGGUGCAACUGCCGGUUCCGAGUGUUCGGAACUAUACACCCGACCCACGAGGACCUGCGCAGCAUCGACGCAGUAGCGGCCCUGGGUGCCGCCUUCGUCCCCCUCCAGAGCCGGCAGGAUACGCCCUAGGGCUGGAGGGAAACAACAACAACAACAACAACAACAGAGGACAUGAACCCACUUAAUGUGUUCAAACGCUACCGCGACAGCCGCAAGGUGCUCGAGUACCGGACGGAGCUGUUCAGCUCGUGUUGCGAGGUGCCAUCGGCGUGGUGCCGGCGCAAUAUGAGCACGGUACGCUGCCGUGCGCCAGCUGCCUCAGUCUGCUGGCCAGCCCGGUGAGACGGCACCUCGCCGUCGCCGCCGGACGCUCAGGUAGGAUCUCUGAGUGAUGUGCUGAGCUCAGCUUGAAUUGACCUCAGUCACCCAGCAGCGACUGGAGCGGUCCGAGCGAGCCCGUGUACCGCCGCCAGUGUUUGGUCGUGUUUGGGGCCGUACGGCGCGGGUGAUCUGUACGGGCGCGGCCGUAUCUUAUGUUACGUAUCGUAGCUAAGCACGACUUGACACUGUCCACCACGGGACCCGCCCAUGUUGACGGCGUCGCAAUGUACUCAUUGAUUGACUAGUGCUGCGCGACUGCUCGGAGUUGACCAGUUAACGUUUUGUAGGCUUUAUUAUCACUGGCGGAGGCGUGGGGACUGGGGAGUGUUUUCUAUUCGUCAGUGUUUGCCGAGGCGAGGCUGCUUAAUGCCGAUUGUGACAUGUUACUAUGUAUCCUCACGUGAAGUCGUUGGGUUAUCUAACUUGGUUCAUCAAUAAAUGGUGCGACCUACAAA